UGAUGACCCAGGCACUCAGGCAAAAUGAGCCCGACAUUCGCAUUGUCAAAACGUCGCGUGAGGGCUUUGCUCCCUCUGUGACUCCCCCUGCUCACCGACAAAUCCCAUCGCCAUGGCCGACCCCUCGCCCGUGCUGGACAAGGUCCUCAACUUCCGCGACGUCGGCAAGACGGUGAAUUUCUACCUCGGCGAGAAGCGCGUCCGAGAGGGCGUCAUAUUCCGCUCCGCACGGCCGGAUGAUGCCACGCCGCGGGACAAGGCCAUCAUCAAGGACCAGCUCGCCAUCAGGACCGUCAUAGACCUGCGGACAAAGACCGAGCUGCUUGAGCAAGCGCAGAAGCAUCACGCCCAGGGCCAUGGCGCGGAAGCCUGCUCCUCCCGCGGCGGCGGCGGCACCGCGCCGGUCCACCCCCCGCGCAUAGCGGGCAUCGACUACCGGGAGAUCAAAAUCACCGGCCGUUCGUUUGAGAGGCAUAUCAUGAGCCAGCUCUGCUGGUGGAGCUUCAUCAAGGUCAUCUUCCUCUACGUUUUCGGCUACCGCCUGGACGCCGUGCGCAUCAUCGGGCAGGAAGUCCUACUGGCGCGCGGCCUCAUAGGCCUCGGCACCGACACGCUCGAUCACUCGGGCGCCGAGAUCCGCGAGGCCCUCUUGCUGUACGGCAGCGCGCAGUCCGUUCCCGUGCUGGUGCAUUGUACGCAGGGCAAGGACAGGACAGGCAUCAUUUGCGCGUUGCUGCUCAUGAUCCUCGAGGUGCCUGCCCCCGCCAUCGAGCACGACUACUUCCUCACUGAUGCCGCCCUCAUCUCGGAACGGGAUGAGAGACUCGCUGAGAUUCGUAACAUUGGCCUCACUGAUGAGUGGUUUAACACGGCCGAGGACAUGAUUUCCGGCAUGGAGAAGCACCUGGCGCAGACCUACGGCGGCCUGGACGCGUACCUGGAUGGGAUCGGUUUCGGCCAACAGGAUCGCGACAGGCUCCGGGAACAGCUCCUGUACUGAAUCAAGCGCGAAUAACAGACAAUACGCUUGACC